CCCUUUUUUUAUUCGAACCUUUUUAUCUUAUUUAUUCAUUAUAGACCUUAAAAAAUGCCUCGUAGACAAACACGCCGUGCUGGACCUUCAACACAAUCUAGAAGUGCUCAUACUAUGCCUUCUCAGCGACAGGCACCUCCUCCCCCUCCACAGCAACAACCUCACGUACCUGUGCAGCAUCAACAGGCACCCCCACCAGCUGUAGCGCAACCUCGUCAGCCCGGUCUAUUUGGGCAAAUGGCAUCAACUGCUGCGGGUGUCGCAGUCGGUUCUGCAGUGGGUCAUACGAUGGCCAAUGGAGUUUCAGCCAUGUUUGGUGGUAGAAGCGAUAACAAUGAACCUCAACAAGCACAACCACAAGAACAAUAUCAACAACAAACUUACCAACCUAUGGCUGCUCAGAAUCAAAAUGGUAUCUCUUGUGAGGCUGAUGCCAAAGCAUUCACUCAAUGUUUAGAAGCAACCAACAAUGAUAUGUCUGCCUGCAAAUGGUAUUUAGAUGCUUUGAAGCAAUGUCAACAAAUGGCUUCACAAUAUUAGACUCAUUUUUUCCAUUUUUUCCCCCCAUUUCGUUCCCAUUUCAUCAUGUUU